AUGGCAGCAUGCAGAUCGCUCGCGAGACAAUGCGCUCUCCAUCUGCGCCCUUCGCUCCGCACCGUCGCUCGUCCAGUGCGCCAUUCCUUUGCGCCUCGCAACUCGCCGCUCCGCAGGGCGUAUGCAACCUCCGUCGCCGCCGCGGAGCUGCAAUUCGGCCAGCCCCUACACGAGACACAUCCCCACCUUCUCAGUCCCGGUGAACUCACUCCCGGCAUUACUGCUCUCGAAUAUGCCCAGCGUCGGUCUCGUCUGGCCAAUAAGCUUCCCAAGGGAGCUGUCGCCGUACUUGCAGCUUCGGAGGUGGAAUACCGGGCACCAGGAAUCUUCCAUGAAUAUAGACAAGAAACGAAUUUCUUCUACUUGACAGGUUUCAACGAACCGAAUGCUCUCGCAGUGAUCGCGAACGAUGGAUCCGGCGACAACCAUAUCUUUCACCUUUACGUGCGAGAAAAAGAUCCCAAGGCAGAGCUUUGGGAUGGCGCUCGAUCCGGUACCCAAGCUGCCAUGGACGUUUUCAACGCGGAUGAGACAGGAAACAUUGAACAAAUUGGUGACAUUUUGCCCAAGAUCAUAACUGGCGCUACCGAAGUCUACUCCGACAUUCCCGCUUUCGACGGAUCGAGGUCUUCGCUCCACCGAUACCUCUACGGCCCUACUGUUGCAUCGGAGAAAUUGAAGAAAAUUGUCGAUCACCGGAGAGUCAAGCCAUUGAAGCCACUGCUCAACGAAAUGCGGGCAUUUAAGAGCGAGAAUGAGGUUGUGCACUUGCGUCUGCUGGGUCAGGCAUCUGGAAGAGCUUUCACCGAUUCAAUGCGGAAAACCUUCGAGACCGAGAAGGAGUUGUCCUCAUUCCUCGAGUACCAGUUCAAGGUCAAUGGCUGCGAUGGUAGCGCUUUCGUUCCCGUUGUGGCUGGUGGAAAACACGCCUUGAGCAUUCACUACACGAGGAACGAUGAUAUUCUGAAAGAUGGCGAUUUAGUCCUCGUCGACGGGGGCGGUGAGCAUGGAAGCUAUAUCUCGGAUAUCACUCGCACCUGGCCCGUGAACGGCAAAUUCACCGAUCCCCAGCGGGAUCUUUACAAUGCCGUCCUCAAUGUGCAUCGAACUUGUCUGUCCCUGUGCCGUGAGAGCUCUAAACUCUCUCUGGACAAGUUGCAUGGCGUCGCUGAGAAUGGCCUGAAAGACCAGCUCAAGCAGCUUGGAUUUGAUCUUUCCGGAAAUGCCAUGUCCGUUCUCUUCCCUCACCAUCUAGGCCACUAUAUUGGUCUGGACGUGCAUGACUGCCCUGGAUAUUCUCGUGGAUAUGACCUCAAGGCAGGCAAUUGUAUCACUAUCGAGCCUGGUAUCUAUGUCCCUGAUGAUGAGCGGUGGCCUGCGCAUUUCCGGGGUAUUGGCAUUCGUAUUGAAGAUAGCGUGUGCGUGGGUGACGACCAUCCGAUUAUCUUGACCCCCGAAGCCGUCAAAGAGGUUGCCGAUAUCGAGGCUCUGCGUAGCUAG